AUGGGUAUCCCACAGUGGAGCGAGCAGGACGAGCGCCAGGCGCGCAUGCAGGAUGCCGGUCUUUACAUCGACUGGCCGAACCCCUACAACCUCGAACCGGGGCUGUACAUCAUCGUCCACAUGGAGUAUACCACCCAGCCCGGCGAAAUGAUGGAUGUCAUUGACGACGCAUACAGCACCGUCACAGCCCGUCUCGAGUCACAGCAGUUCCGCAACCCGAGGCACCCCAUUCCAGGCCGCAAGAGCCUUUUCAUCCAUUAUGAGCUCAUCAAUCAGGAUGACGGGACCACGAACCCAUUCCCGACUGAGGUAGACCUAUUCGAGGAUGUUCAGAGACACCUCAUGCACAUGUUUGAUCAGCUUGAGUUCGGGGGAAAGUUCGAUCUCCCGUAUAAACUUGGUCCGGUGCGUGUGUUCUGGUGUGAUAUGGUUGAGUGGGACCCUGAGCUUCCCACUGUUACUGUUGAAGUAUACGAGGAGACGGACUCUGACUCGCAGGAGGCCGAGUUCCCCACUGUCACUGUUGAAGUGUACGAGCAGGCAGACUCUGACUCGCAGGAGGCGCAAGAUGACGAUAAGCUGCCUGAAUCUGCUCAGCAAUGA